AUGUCCGCCGCCGCGUCGCUCUCCGCGCGCGGCCUCGGCAAGGCGCUCGGCGCGGCGGCCGCGUCCGCGGCCGCCGCGGGCGGUCUCUACGCGCGCGGCGACGAGGGGACGUCGCGAUCGAUCACGUUCUGGUACCACGCCCUCCCUGUCUACGCGUCGUAUCGCGCCGUGCAGUGGCGCAAUCGCGACGCGCGAGCCGCGGGGAUCCCCUCGUGGACCGGGAUCCCGCUCGAGGACGACGACGCGGACGCGAAAUACGCCGCGCUGCACGACGCGCACGCGGGGAACGUGCGCGACCUCGUCCUCCGCAUGCGCGGGUUCUACUUCAAGAACGCGCAGCUGCUGUCCACGCGCGACGACUUCGUGCCGCCGCAGUACUUGGAGUGGUGCAAGCGGACGCAGGACGCGGCGCCGACGGAGAUGCGCCCGGGGGAGGCGCGCGCGAUCGUGGAGCGCGAGCUGGAGCGCAUCGGGCACGCCGGCGCGAUCGCGGAGUGGGAGGAGAUCCCGUGCGGCGUCGCGAGCAUCGGCACGGUGCACCGCGCGAAACUCUCAGAGAUGCACGGCUCGCGAAGCGUCGUGAUAAAAGUCCAGGCGCCCGGGAUCGAGCGCAGGUUCCGCGCGGACAUUCGGACGUGCAUCGACUUCUGCAAGCUCGCGAUGCCGCAGCACGCGCCGCCGCUGGAGGAGAUCGAGCGGCAGUUCCUCACGGAGUUUGAUUACCGCGCGGAGGCGGCCAACUUGCGCGAGGUCCGAGACGCGGUGUUGCCCAAGGCACGUCCCAUCUCACACUGGUUCCCAUACGACCGCGUCGGCGUGGUGAACGCGUGGAGCCACCGCGUGGACAUCCCGGCGCCGAUAGAGGAACUGUGCACGAAGACGAUGUUGGUCAUGACGCCGAUUCCCGGGGUGAAGCUCGUGGACGGGAUACGGCAGCGGUUAGGGGAGAUCGCGGAGGCGCGAGGGACGACGGCGGCGGCUUUGGAGGAGAGACAACGCGAGACGAUCGCGAGCGGGAGAAUUUCAGGGAGAGGGGUGGACGACGAGGCGCGCGCGACGCGGCGCGCGAACGCUCUGAUCGCGCUUCACGACGCGUGUGUGAGACGCCCGCGCGUCGUCGCGAGGAACGUCGUCGCGUGGACCGCGCGGAGACUGGGCUUCGCGGGGCGAUGGGCGCCGAAGCCCGUCGCGUUCACGCCGAGUCCGCGACUGAUCAACGUCGGCGAGAUUCUCAGGCGCGACUUUUCCCGUCGUCUCUCUCCGCCCACACCUCGCUUUCAAUCCCCGCCCUCGGUGCCUUUCAACUCCGCUUCUGACGCCUUUCAACUCCACCCCGACAUUCGCUCGUAUGGAACGGCCCUCAGGACGCUGUUGGACGUCCACGCGGAUGAAAUUUUCGAGCACGGCGUCUUCAACGGCGACCCGCACCCUGGGAACGUGCUGUUGAUGCCAGACGGGCGACUCGGGUUGAUCGACUACGGGCAAGUGAAGCGAAUAGACGAAGCCACGCGGCGGUGUUACGCAAAGCUCACGCUCGCGAUUUUAGAAGACGACGUCGACGAAGUCGCGCGUCUCUGCCAGAGCGACCCGCCGGAAGGGUUCGGGGGGAAGUCCAAGCGCGCGGACGUCGACGUCGCGUACCGGCUCGCGGUGUUCUGGAACGACCGAGACACGGACGACGUCACCGGCGGGUUGAACCUCCAGGAGUUCAUCGACGAGAUGGAGGCGCGAGAUCCGGUCGUGCGGGCGCCGACGGAUAUGGUCAUGAUCGCGCGCGUCAGCGUGUUGUUGCGGGGCGUCGCGAACGCGUUCAACGUGCGGCUCAGGGUCGCGUCGAGGUGGCGGCCGUCCGCGGAGGCGCUGCUGAGAAGGGCCGACCCGGAUUAUUAUUUGCUGCGGAAAUAGCGGCGGGGGGCGCCUCAUCACGUACGUCAUUCUUUACUGUACGCCGCCGCGUCGGCGACGCGUUCUUUCAUC